CUGAACAAUAAAAUGCUAAUCUGAGGAUGAGGAUGAGGAUGAUGAGGAGGAUUAGGAUGCAUUGAACGGGACAGCCGGCGACGUCAGCGAUCGAUUCUCUGUUGCACGUUUAUGAUGUGAGAGAAGCGACUGCACUUUGCAGAGACAGCGAGGAGGGGGACCUGCACCGGGAAAACGGGAAGAAAAUCCCGGUUAAGACGCCGCGCACUUGUGACAUAUCAGCUUUAAAUUCCGCAAAUAUAAACAUUCAUGCACGCGUAGCUGAUUUCUCAUCGAGGAUUGAAGCAUGCGCCACGUCGGGACGUUAGUGUGUCUGUGUACAGUGUGCGUGUGCGACGCGUCGCGCGGCUGCGGAGAGAUUCAGUGUGGCGCCCGAGCCAACGGCAGCGCCACGUCGACGGGAUGCUGCGAUUUGCCGCUGCGCACCUUCGCCGAGCACGCGAGCUGGCUGGCACGGAAGCUGUCCGGGCUGCUGAUCCUGCUCGCCCUUUUCGCCGUGGGCUACUUCGUGCAGCGGCUCGUGUGCCCGCGUCACCGCCGACGCGGCCGCGCGCCACAGGAACCCGAGUCGCUGUUAGGGGCGCGCGCCACCGCGUCGCAGGACACGUUGCUGGAGCGUUUCGAGGACGGCGGAGGAAUGGACGGAGUGGACGGCUUCACAUCACCCGUUCUGCAGCCGCCGGCCUACGACGAGGUGAAGGACCUGCCUACGUACGAGGAGAGUGUGCGCGCGGCCGGGGGAAGCGUCAGGCCGGCUGGAGUCGGGCGCGAGAGACCGGAAGCCUCCAGGAUCUUCAGAAACUCUGUUUGACGCGCAUUUUACUUUCUCAAACACUACAACACAUUUAUCCCAAUUCAAGUGCAAUUAUAAGUGAUGGCGGUGGGUUUUAAAUGUAGGUGAGUCGCUCAUGACCCCAGAACUUUUCUAGUGCUGUGUUCCUUUUUUCUAUGCUAUUUAUAAGAGACUCUACACACUCUGGACUGUGUGGAGCUCUGAGUAUCUGAGCUUGGAAGAAGUGGAGCUCUGCAGGCAUAGUGACAUUUGUGCAAUGAUAUUUUCAGCAAGUGUUUAGUGAAUAAAUAAUGAAUAUUUACAACAACAUUAAUCAACGCUAUGAGAUAGAAAUAUUCGUGCAGUUUUAUCUAUAAGGCCGGAGACUGUGACACUGUCAUAUCCCUAAUAUAUGACUAUUUAGAUUUUUUAUAUGAUACUGAGACAAGAAGCAAAAUAAUCAGCAUGGACUCAGGUUAAAGCAGUA